CCCACCGCCGCCACUUCCAGUUCCGCUCUCCACUGCCAAUCCCAAUCCGAUAACCACCAACCGGGUUCGAAUUUCUCUUCUCAGAUUCCAAUUUGUCAAUCCCGACGAGUUUUCACUGAAGUAGAGCCCCCGUGUCCCUUCGCUCCAUCGUCUUCGCGUCUCAUUCCUGGCCCUGCCGGAGCCGUCCAAGCGGCAAUGCAGCGUAGAACCCGCGGGGAUAGCUGCUUCUAUGUCGGCGAUGAAGAGCCCGUCCCCACUCAGGAGUAUAUAAGGAGAGUCAUGGAAAACGGUGAUGAAGAGGACGAUGAUUUCGGUGGCAACCAGUGGCUUUGCGCUUUGGAUUUUGCCCGCGGCCUAGGUGCGAUGGAGGGUAAUGGAGCAGUGUCUGAAACUCCUUUGAGUUCUAUCAAGAAUGGCUUUAAUGCUGAGAAAGUUGCUUUGGUCGUUGCCAUUAUCAAAUCUUGUACCUCAAAUGGUCUGGGUGGUAUGAUGGUGACUCUAAAGGAUCCAACAGGUACAAUAGACGCUAGUAUUCACCAUAGUGUCAUUUCCGAGGGAAAUUUUGGGAAGGACUUAUCUGUUGGUGCAGUUUUAAUGUUGAAGAAGGUUGCUGUAUUUUCCCCAACACGCUUUGUACACGUGCUUAAUGUAACAUCAAGCAACGUUAUCAAGGUUAUUUCUAAGGACAGCGGACCUCAUAUUGAGCACAAUAAUCCUACAGCAAUCAGACAGCCUGAUUUUAUAACUGGAGAAACCAUGCCACAGAAGAAUUUGUAUGUGUCACGCGAAACAACUAAAAAUAUCAUGAACAAUUUAAGGCAAAGUUCUAAAUCGAGCAAUUGCAAAGGAAGUGGAAACAACAGAAACCAACAGACUAUCGUCGAGAAAGACAGUGCGGUGAUGAACCCGGGUAUGUCGAAGGGAAUCUCAAAUUUGAGUUUCAACACUUUCCUGGUUGACCAAGAUCAAGAAACAGGGCAAGAUGAGUACAUCAACCGUGGUAUGGGUACAGAUACAAGCGAACUAUCACAGGCCAAAGAAAAUGAUGUUGCUGCAGCCAACGCUACACAAGUUCCACAUAAUCAAGAAGCUGAAACAAUUAAUGAAGUGAAAAAGGCUGACACACGAACACAAGGACCCUUACUCCCACAAUGGACAGAUGAGCAGUUGGAUGAGCUCUUUGUAUUCGACUGAGUUAAUGUAAAAUUCUGAUGCUUAUAAACAUGUCCUCAAAGGAAGUUAUGGAAAUCAUUGUCCUGCUGAUCUCUGCCCUCGAUGCAUUUAUCUUGUUCUGCAGUCUUCGAUCUCGGUUGUUUUGGAGAGGGGGACGAGCAAUGCUGCGUGGAUUGGUGAUCAGCCAAACAGGUUUUCUUUGUAGAAAUACAUAAAUAGAAGUUGAAUUGUGAAGAA